CGAACCGUAACCAGUUUCAGUGAAUCGUAGUUCAGUUGCCUUAGUGGAUAGAUCAGAGCUGUAUCUCUUAGGCAAGAAACGUAGUGAAACGGGUAAAAAAAUUCAAAAACGUAUACCGUUAUCCAAUAAAAUGGUAUCUCGUUUUGCAGUAUUUGCGUUAUUCUUAGUCAGUGUCAACCCAUCGUUGACAGGACCUACGAAUAUAUUACCAACGUUACCAAAUGCAAUUAUAAAAUCAGAAAAUUCUCAAUGCCAACAUGAUAGUUUAAAGCUACAGUUGGGUCUGCAAAAUAUGACUCUUUGGGCACAACAAAUGUGGGAUGCAUCAGCGAAACAAGCAGUGGGUCUGUUGUCGGGAAACAGAUUCCAGUUAGGAGACUUUGACGAGUGCCUGCAGGUAGCUAAACCUAUUAAGGCCCAAUACUGCCUCGUUGAUGUCAAACUUGAUGUGCCGUCUCAAUAUUCCUAUGCCGACCCACUGGCUAGAGAAUAUGAUCCGUUAUUACCAGCUUGGCUCAAAAUUUACUACGGCGGGGCAAGGUUCAAACAACGUCUGGAUAUGAUAAAAUGGGCUUUGUGUGUGCCUGCGUCAUGUUCAGCGUUGGAUGUCCAGACGUAUCUUAGAUCGUAUAUCAAAGAAAACAAGCUGGACGUGAUUGAAAAUGUGUCGGUUGCUGACAAUAUGUGUACUCAAGCACAACGUCCUGGCGAUGAAUAUACUGCGUAUGACAUUGCGUUUGUAUUACUCAUUGUAGUUUUGCUAUCGUUAACUAUAACUGCUACAGUUUUCGAUUACACAGUGUAUUCUGAACGAACAAUAUGGCAAUGGAAUCAAGAAUCAAAAUCUGCGGAUUUGAUUAUGUGUUUCUCCGGCAGACGUGCUAUGCAAAGUUUAAAAAACAAAAAUUGUGUAGUCCGAGGACUGGAUCUUUCCCCAUUAUGUGGAACUACAACUAUAUCAAUGAUUCUUAUCAUAAUUGGGCACAGAUGGGGUUUUCGAUUACCCGGACCUUUACAAAACUACGAAGUUAAUGAACAGGUGUUCUACAAUUAUUUCAUUUCUAUAUUCACUUCUCACAUGGACCUAUUGGUGGACACAUUUUUUGCCAUAAGUGGAGCCUUAAUGAUCCUAAUUCUACUCGACCGCCUUGAAACUUCAUUCAUUAAUCCGUUUAAAGUAUUGGUGUUUAAAUAUUUCAGGUUAACGCCUGUUUAUGCUGUGAUAAUAUUCUUUUUUGCAACCCUUCAGUACAAAAUGGGAACUGGUCCCCUUUGGGAAGCUUUUAUUGGAACAGACAAAAAAAAUUGUCAACAAACGUGGUGGUUAAGCUUGUUGUACUUGAACAAUUAUGUCGCAACAGAUAAAACGUGUGGAUAUCAUACAUGGUUCAUGCCUUGUGAAUUUCACUUCACGAUGAUUGGUGUCGGCUUAGGGUAUAUAUUGCAUAAAAAGCCUAAAAUCGGAAUGUAUUUAACUUCCUUACUUAUGGCUAUUUCUAUUGCUAUACCAUUUGCACUCACCUUUAUUGGACAGAAACCAGGAAAUAUUCAAUUCAACAUGGAUUUCACGACAAAUCCAACCAAUGAUGAUUAUUUUAUGACAAUUUACAUAAAAUCUCAUACUCGAGCUGGACCUUACAUAGUUGGUGCUAUAUUUGGUUAUUUGUUGUAUAGGAGAAAAGAGAGUACAACUAAAUUAAACUUGACACAGACAUAUGUUUUGCUGGCAAUUUCUACUCUAAUAUGUACAACAACAUGGUUCAGUGGAGCUUUAAUUUACCAUCCUUCCUACGUUUACGAUCCUUUGCAAGCCGCACUUUAUGGUUCAACAAUAAGGAGUGUUUGGGCUGCAGGUCUAGUCACUGGACUCUAUGCUCUUAUAAUUGGCCCACCAAAUUUCAUGAAGAAUAUGCUGUCGUGGAAACCAUUUAUACCGUUGGCCAGUUUAAAUUUUAAUGCGUACAUGGUGAACACCAUAUUACCGGUAGCCGACACUGCCAGCAGGCGGACUCCCGAUCACUUCGACAUCAGGAACUUCGUGACUGAUGCAAUUUCAGACACUGUAAUGUGUUUAACGGCUGGUUUGUUCCUUUACUUAUUAGUAGAAAGACCGUUCAGGCUUUUAAUCACUCAGCUUUUUGUUUCAAAAUCAAAAUCAAACACAACUGACAAAAAAAAUUAUGUUUCACAAGCAAUAGAAUCGAAUCGAGAUUACGACAAAGUCCUACCUACACAUCAUCGAAUGUAAAAAGACUCAUAUUUAUAUUAUUUAUUUAUUUAUAGUUUAAUUAUUUUUGUACCAUGAAGCAUUGUUUAUUUAUUACAUGUAUUUUUGUAUUGUAUAAUUUAUGAACGCGCCAAACUGGAGAAUGAACUAACUUGACGAUAUUAAAUUUGGCUGUAUACCAUUUUA